AUCCACCGGAAGCUCUGCUACUAUCUUCCCCAAAACCAAAGCCAACCGCCGCCGUCGAUUUCAGGUCACCAUCGCCGGCCGUCGAUUCGCCGCUUUUAAGCUAACUAGAAAUGAGGGGGAGGAGUUACAGUCCAUCACCACCACCAAGGGGAUAUGGUAGGAGAGGACGGAGUCCAAGCCCAAGGGGUCGUUAUGGUGGUCAUAGUAGAGACAGAGAUAUGCCUACAAGUCUCCUUGUUCGUAACCUUCGCCAUGAUUGCAGGCCAGAUGAUCUUCGGCGUCCAUUUGGGCAGUUUGGUGCUCUGAAGGACAUUUACUUGCCAAAGGAUUAUUAUUCCGGGCAACCUCGUGGUUUUGGAUUUGUCCAAUUUGUUGAUCCUGCUGAUGCUGCAGAGGCUAAAUAUCAAAUGGAUGGUCAUGUCCUUCUUGGUCGUGAGGUAACUGUUGUAUUUGCAGAGGAGAACAGGAAGAAGCCGUCUGAUAUGAGGCAAAGGGAGGGUCCAAGCUCCAGGGGUAGUGGUCGACAUCGCGAUCGAAGAGGGUCUCCUCCUCGCUAUUCACGCUCUCCACGAUAUUCCCGAUCUCCACCUCCACGUCAUGCAAGAUCUCGGCCACGCAGCCGUUCUUAUGAUUCCCCUCCCCCAAAAAGAAGGGAGUAUUCGAGAUCUGUCUCACCCCCAGGGAGAAGGUACAGUAGAGAGAGAUCGUUUUCCCGAUCCCCUCCUCGACCAUAUAAUGGCUCAAGGGGACACAGUCAGAGUCCAGUUAGGAGUCCAAGCCGGAGCAGAAGCCAGAGCCCAAGGCGAAAUGGUAGAAGCUUGAGUCCUAGGCCACAAAAUAUUGAUCAUGAAGACUACUCAAGGGAACCAAAUGGAGAGAGGUCCCUUAGUCCUUAAACUAGUAGAAGGAACUGUUUAAAUGUUUUCGCUCAUAAACUAGUAGAAGGAACUGUUAAAUGUUUUCGCUCAUGUUGUGCUGAACUUGGGAUUUAGUCUUGUGUUUUGGUUCUUUUAAUGUUUUUGGUGUCUAUUAAUGGGAUUUAAUCUAGAUUUUGGUAGUCAAUGAUGUUUGUUUCAGAUAGUCCUGCAAUGAUAACAUUGCUCCAAACUCACGAUCUGCAUAACCUUUUCAAAUGGG